AUCUAGGAGACGGUUCUUCAUAAACAGCUCGUCAACAACCUCGGUAGCUUGCUAGCCAACAUAGCCGAAAGAUUCCAGCUGUUUAUACGCUUUCGGCGUAUAUUAGCUAAUAUGUUUUAGACACACGUCUGUCGUAUCUACUUGUUAACCUAUUUAAUUUAAUAUUACGUAAUUUUUUAUUAGUCGGCUAUAGUAGGUGGCUGUGUAAGUUAGCACUAGCAUGGUCACUAAUGAUAGCUAGCUAGCUAGCUAACAUCUCCGAACAUGAGCUCCCUAAACUUCUCCCCUCCUGUUAAAGAAGAGGAAGUCUGCUGGACGGAGGAAGAGGGUCUGUGGCUGAACGUUGUCGUGAAAGAGGAGGAAGAGGAUGUCAAAAUACAAAAACAAGUAGAGGGUGAGGCUGUUACAGUGAAAGAAGAAGAGAAAGACUCGUUCAGAGUGAAAGAGGAGGUUGUUACAGUAAAAGAAGAGGAGGCUGCAAUUUUUGGAGUGAAGAAGGAAGGGGAGAUUACUGUCACAUUGAAAGAUGAAGAAGAGGAGAUAGGAUAUCUGAUUAACACCAGAAAGAGACGUGACUAUCUUGGAUCCUCUGGGGAGCCUCAACAACCUCAUGAUGCUGACGAGGCAGAGAAAGGUCUCUCCAGAUCUGAACUCCUCAAGAAGCACCAGCAGAGACCCACAGGGAAAAAAUCUCACUGCUGCUCUGACUGUGGGAAGAAAUUCACCUCCUCAGCAGGCAUUACAAUUCAUCAAAGAAUCCACACAGGAGAGAAACCUUAUUGCUGUGAUCAAUGUGGGAAGAGAUAUCUUACAUGUAGCAGUCUAACUAAACACCAGAGAACACACACAGGAGAGAAACUUUUUAGCUGCUCUGACUGUGGAAAAAGUUUUGUUUCUUCAGGAUGUUUAGAAUCACACCAGAGAACACACACAGGAGAGAAACCUUAUAGAUGUGAUCAAUGUGGGAAGAGUUUUGUUACUUCUAGCAGUCUGACUAAACACCAGAGAACACACACAGGAGAGAAACCGUAUAACUGUAAACAAUGUGGGAAGACUUUUAGUCAGUCAUUCAGCCUGAUAUCACACCAGAGAACACACACAGGAGAGAAGCCUUAUAGAUGUGAUCAAUGUGGGAAGAGUUUUGUUACUUCUAGCAGUCUGACUAUACACCAGAGAACACACACAGGAGAGAAACCUUAUAGCUGUGAUCAAUGUGACAAGAGAUACUCUAGCAAAAGAUCUCUGAUCAAACAUCAGAAAAAACAUACAUGAAGGAGUUGUUUCACGAUAUCAAUUAAAUAAAAUCUCAAAAUGUAGAAUGUUUUAACAUUGUAGUAGGAGUAUUUUAAUGAAGUCACAAUGUAGAACCCUAAACGUUUGCCCCCUGUUCAAUUGAUUUCAGUGUGAUAUGGAGAUUAGCCUCGGGAAAAAUCCAGGCUCUGAAAUGGAAGAGUACUAUUUAUGUGGUCUAACAAAAAGUGACUAACAAAAAAAGAGUUGUGUUGCACUUACCGCGUUGGCGACCCACUUGAAUCAAUAUGUAUUCCCAGAUUCCGUGUGGCUUUUGAGCUGUUAGUUUGUUGAGUGAUGACAAAUAAGUGUUCCAUUUCUCCAAAAUGUAGCUGACUGUCUUCUGCAUGUUGUCUUCUAACCAGUGAGGUAACAUAUCUCCCAUUUCCAUUUGUUUUUUUAGCUGUGUUAGUUUCAACAGCACGUACAACCUGAUUUCCCCCCCUAAUCGAAAUCAGGGAUUCAUUGCUACUCGUCAAAACAACAGUGUUUCUGGUGCUUGUGCAGUUUAUAAGGUGCUUGUUUAAAAAAUACAAGUAAUAUGAUUAUUGUGGCAGAUGUUUGUUUAUAUUGUACAUGGUAUGUUUAGGUUUUCAAUAUAUCACAACCUGUUUCUGCAUAUUGGUUAUUGAUUUGGACACGUUAAAACUGUGUUUUGACAUUGGGGCUAUCCCACCAAAAUAGCUAAAUGUUGUUGACCAAUAUACGUUAGGUUUUAGUUGAAAUUAUGUGAUUUUGUCAAUGACUUUAAAACAACUUAAUUUCAACGUACUUGCAGCCUAUACACAUGGACGCAGAAUAAUAAAUUGGCCAAUAGUCCAUUUUAUUAACAAUCUUACAUCACUCCAGUAUUUCUUGACAAAAUGUGACGCUAAUUGUCUUCAAGGAAGUUAGUUGUUCAACUGAAUGCAUCUUCUACAUUUAACCCAACCCCUCUAAAUCAGAGAGGUGCCUUAAUCAACGUCCACGGCAAGUUACCUGCCUUGCUCAGAACGACAGAUUUUUACAUUGUCAGCUCCGGGAUUCAGAUCCAGCAACCUUUCGGUUACUGGCCCAACGCUCUAACCACUAGGCUACCUGCCACUACUGAAGAAGCAAGUCUCAAAUCACCUACUCAUAUUUCAAACAUCCAGUCUGACAAAAGAUACAUGUUUUUAUUAUUCCAUGCUGCACCAAACCAUGGGACGGUUGAGCUAACGUAGGCUAAUCCAAUUAGCAUACGGUUGUAAGUUACAAGAACAUUUCCUAGGACAUGGAUAUAUCUGAUAUUGGCAGAAAGCUUAAAUUAUUGUUAAUCUAACAGUAAUGUCCAAUUUACAGUAGCGAUUACUGUGAAAGAAUACCAUGCUAUUGUUUGAGGAGUGUGCAUAAUUUUGAACAUGAAAACAUAUAAAAAAAAAACAUUAGGCACAUUUUAGCAGUCUUGAUACAUUUGUACAGAGAUGCAAUGGUUCAUUGGAUCAGUCUAAAACGUUGCACAUACACUGCUACCAUCUAGUGGACAAAAUCUAAAUUGCACCUGGGCUGGAAUAAUACAUUAUGGCCUUUCUAUUGCAUUUAAAAGAUGAUGGUACAAAAAAAAAUACAAAAAACAGUUGUUUGUUUCUUUGGAUUAUCUUUAACCAGAUCUUUUCUGUUAUAUUCUCCUACAUUCCUUUCACAUUUCCACAACUUUCAAAGUAUUUCCUUUCAAAUAGUACCACAAAUAUGCAUAUCCUUGCUUUAGGGCCUGAGCUUCAGACAGUUACAUUUUGUUAUGUAAUUUUAGGUGAAAAAAAGGGGGGGUUCUGCAUUUAGCCAGUGAGUUGCCAUGGAUCACAAUUUAUUUAGAUUUUCCGUAUUGGAGAUGAGUUAUGUUUGGGCUCGUUCCAAGGGAACGAGAGUUCUAGAAGCUAGUGAGUUCUAGAAGCUAGAUGGGAAGAAAUUUUUUUUUUCUUGAUUUUAAUUAUUGACAGUUAGGUGACACCAUGUUUAUAUUGGUGAAGUUGAAGCAUUGUAGUUGAUUAUAAUGUGAAAUGGAAGUUGUUUUCUGUUGGUUGUAAGCAUUCUCUUACGGUGUUACAGUCUUUGGUUUUUCCAUUUAUGUUUUGAGGUUUGGAUUUUAGCACGUAUAUCUCAUUAGCUCGUUAGCUCGUAGGACGCACUGAUUGGUGUCACCUUGUUAGUCAGUAUGUGUUACACCUGUGCUGGCUUGUCCAUCUCAUUAGUGGGAAGGUGUUUCACCUGAGCUGUUCCAGGUUCUAUUUAAUAAGAGUGUCUGGCCCUGUGCUCCAGUUGUCUUGAUAGAUGUGGAGAGUCAACAACUUUAGUUGCACUACCGUUUGUUUCUUCUUUUUUAGUUUGUGGGUUUUUCUUUUGUUUUCCUCUUGGGCAGAUUUAGUGGGUCUCAUGGUGGCUGUCUUUUAGGUCCCAGUUGUUGUUACUAGUCAACUUUCUGUGGACACUGAGUGCAAAACUGCAAGAUUAUGUUAUAAUACUUUUAUUGCCUCAAAUGGUUGUUUUAUGCAACAGAAUAGAGGGUUCUUAUAACUAUUGUGUCUGUGUGUUCUACUAAGGAUGGGCCUCUGGGAGAAAACACUGACCGGAGAUUUACAAUAUCUUUUGGGUGAUAAAACCUAAAGAGACUGCAUUCCAGAGCAUGAGUUAAUGUUUCUGUUCUAUAUGGUACCAGGGAGAGACAACCUCAGGGCCAGACCCUGGUCUCUACACAAAGAAUACUGUUUUUACAUCAGAUAUUGUCUGCUGAGAAUAAUAAGUAUCUUUCAUACAAAUCUUAAUCUUGUGACCCGUUCUAUACAUCUGUUGUUCGUCAUGUAGUUAUCUUGGCUGUAAAAGACCUUUGUAUCGUGGCUCUCAACGAAUCAUCUGGGGGUGAUUCGUCGACCAGCCAUCAUUAUCGUAGAGGACUCAAUUGAUUCACUUUAUAUUUGUGUGUUGUCUUGACCUGCUCCAUUAUUAAGUGAUUAAAUAUUUAGUUUAAGAAUAACUCUGA